CAUGGAACUAAAGGAGUAUUUGAGCUUCUGUCUGGAUGGCGGAGAACCAGAGAAAAUCUGCCCUUCAAAGACAGGGUAGCAGAUGCCUAUUCUGAUGUGAUGGUCACCUAUACCAUGACCAGCUCCCUGUACCUCAUUACCUUUGGCAUGGGUGCCAGCCCAUUCACAAACAUAGAGGCUGUCAAGGUCUUCUGUCAGAACAUGUGCGUCUCCAUUCUGUUAAACUACUUCUACAUUUUUUCUUUCUUUGGUUCCUGUCUGGUCUUCGCUGGCCAACUAGAGCAAAACCGCUACCACAGCAUCUUUUGCUGUAAAAUCCCUUCUGCAGAAUACCUGGACCGCAAACCCGUGUGGUUCCAGACAGUGAUGAGUGACGGGCAUCAGCAGACAUCCCACCAUGAGACAAACCCCUACCAGCACCACUUCAUUCAGCACUUCCUCCGUGAGCAUUACAAUGAAUGGAUUACUAAUAUCUAUGUGAAGCCCUUUGUUGUCAUCCUCUAUCUCAUCUACUCCUCCUUCUCCUUCAUGGGGUGCCUGCAGAUCAGUGACAGAGCCAACAUCAUCAAUCUGCUAGCCAGUGAUUCCCCGAGUGUUUCCUAUGCCACGGUCCAGCAGAAAUACUUCAGCAACUACAGCCCCGUGAUAGGCUUCUACGUCUAUGAGCCCCUCCAGUAUUGGAACAGCACCGUCCAGGAGGACCUGCGGAGGCUCUGCAGUGGGUUCACUGCAAUGUCCUGGGUGGAGCAGUACUACCAGUUCCUGAAAGUCAGCAACAUCAGUGCCAAUAACAAGAGCGACUUUAUCAGUGUCCUGCAGAGUUCAUUUCUGAAAAAGCCAGAAUUCCAGCACUUUCGCAAUGACAUCAUCUUCUCCAAGGCAGGGGAUGAGAGCAACAUCAUUGCUUCUCGCUUGUACCUGGUGGCCAGGACUAGCAGAGACAAGCAGAAGGAAGUCAUAGAAGUGUUGGAAAAGCUGAGGCCCCUGUCCCUGUCAAAGAGCAUCCGAUUCAUCGUGUUCAACCCCUCCUUUGUGUUCAUGGACCAUUACGGCUUGUCGGUCACAGUGCCUGUUCUGAUCGCAGGCUUUGGUGUUCUCCUGGUGUUAAUCCUGACUUUUUUCCUAGUGAUCCACCCUCUGGGAAACUUCUGGCUAAUUCUUAGCGUCACCUCAAUUGAGCUGGGGGUCCUGGGCUUAAUGACAUUAUGGAACGUCGACAUGGAUUGCAUUUCUAUCUUGUGCCUUAUCUACACUUUAAAUUUCGCCAUUGACCACUGUGCACCACUGCUUUACACAUUUGUAUUAGCAACCGAGCACACCCGAACACAAUGUAUAAAAAUCUCCCUGCAAGAGCAUGGGACAGCCAUUUUGCAAAAUAUUACUUCUUUUCUUAUCGGGUUGGUCCCCCUCCUAUUUGUGCCUUCGAACCUGACCUUCACACUGUUCAAAUGCUUGCUGCUCACCGGGGGUUGCACACUUCUGCACUGUUUUGUUAUCUUACCCGUGUUCCUAACCUUUUUCCCCCCUUCCAAAAAGCACCAUAAGAAAAAGAAACGUGCCAAGCGAAAGGAGAGAGAGGAAAUCGAAUGCAUAGAAAUUCAAGAGAACCCCGAUCACGUCACCACAGUCUGAAGGUGUAACUAAUGGAUUAUUUUUCUUUUCCAGUAUGGCACAACGAUGCAGGGCGAGUCAAGCUCAGACCUCAGCUGCUUGGGCUGGCCAGGGGUAACAAGGCAAGUCAGAUCAAGAGUGAAUUCCUCAUGACACAUCAAGGUGUCCACUUCUUGGGGGAAAGAGGGAAUCAAAGAAGGGGAAACCUUCUUUUCCACCUUGUUCUCCACUAAAGAUAAGUUUCUGGAUGUGAUCUUAGAGCUCUUCCAAGGAAUGGAUGGGUCAAAGAAGUGUUAGAAGUCCAAAAGAACCAACUGCUUUCAAAAAGAAAAUGCUUAGGAGAGAUGGAGAAGAGAGGGA